GUAGUAGCUAAAUCCAGUAAGCAUAAUAUAAAUACAUAAGCAUAAUAUAUAUUUUCAACAGCGGCUGCUAAGCAGCAUUAAAAAUUUGUUUGCAAAACUAUUUAUUCAUAUCAUAAUUUUAAUCAUAAUCUUAUGAUUGCUGCGGUUUACAGUUUUAAUAACAUAUUUUUGUAUAUUUCUCUUCAGCAGAUUAUUUUGGUUCAGACGCCAUUUUGUCUGACUGUUUUAAAGAUAAAAUCAUAAAUAUUACUGUAUUUUCAUAAAAUUUGUAACUUUUAAAUAAGAAAAUGGAGGUUGUUCGGAUAUUUAAUAAUGAGCUCUCAUCUUUAUAUGAAGUGAAACCUCCUAUAUCCAAAGCCAAAAUGACACAAAUAACUAAAAGUGCUAUUAAAGGUAUUAAGUUUUACAAGCAUAUUGUUCAAAGUGUUGAAAAGUUUAUUCAAAAGUGUCGGCCGGAAUACAAAGUGCCAGGCUUGUAUGUUGUGGAUUCUAUAGUGCGACAAUCGCGCCAUCAGUUUGGCGCAGAUAAAGAUGUUUUUGGUCCAAGAUUUGUUAAAAAUAUCAAUAAUACCUUCCAGCACUUAUUUAAAUGCAAUCCAGAUGAUAGACCUAAAAUAAUCAGAGUAUUAAAUUUGUGGCAGAAAAAUGCAGUUUUUCCCAUUGAUGUUAUUCAACCACUCCUAGAUAUGGGUCAUCCUAAUAGCUCAACUGAUUGGCCUAAUGAAAUUCAGACUGAAAUAAAAGAAAGUCCACUCAAAUCUCACCCAGCGUAUGAUGAAAGGAAUAAAGAAUCCCAAAAUUGGAAAGGAUGGCCACAAGCGAGUGAGGAGCAACCUGCUCUGCCUGAACCUCGGAUCUAUGCGGAGAUGUCCACUAAAAACUUAGAGAAAUUCAUGAAAUCAGAGAUGUCUAAUGCUAUAAAAGAAGAGCGUUACAAAAUGGAGCGUGAGGAAAAUACAGUCAAGUUUAACAAAAAAUUAUUAGAUUUUGAUUAUGGAGAUGAAGACGAAGAAGACAUUCCAAAAAAUGAAGACAACCUUCAAAAUACACCAAAUGCAUUAGCUCUGAGCAUUUCUCAGAACCUCCUUUCCAAUCCAGACCUUUUGAGGCAACUGCAACAACUCUCAUCCAUACAGCAACAACAACAGACCACCUCCAUGGACGUUGAAAUUCCACAUUCUGAAGACUUCCCAUCAGAGGGGCCCACAAGUAGUCCUUUGCAACCGCCUCUUCCUGCUUACGAAGCUCCCUAUAUGCCUCCUGAUGAUAGACAUCAACCGCCUCCUCAGGAUUUAGACGAAAGAUCUCUUACUGCUAUCGUGGCACCACAUCGGGUAAUUCUUUUUCCCUUCUCUCUUUCUUGCAUUUCAUGUCAUAUAAUCAGUAUUUGUAUAUACGCACUUGGAUUGUGCAGAUGAGGUCUUUCCUUGUGG